AUGGACAAUAACAAUAGGAACAAUAAGAAGAAUGUAUUGCGUUACGGUCAAAAAGUACGACUUGCAACACGUUCUGCCUAUGUCGAUGAUACAAUUACUAUAUCUAAGUCAGGUAUUGGCUAUUAUGAAAAAAAUGGUCGUCAUGGGGUCCUUAGUUGUGUCCCUCCACUUGGACCAAAGCUUCAGCAGCUUUUUACUGAAGAUGAAUUUGUAGUCACACAUUCAUGUGGUCAACGUUCUACAGGCGAUCAAGUACAUUAUGGAGAUUCAUUAGUACUUGUGAAUCAACACGGUAUGGUUUGGAAUAACAAGACGGGUGGGAUUACGGGCUAUGUUGGUCCUCGACCACGUGGUGUCCCAGGCGAGAUGUUUGUGUGUUUUACCAAGGUUCCGUUAGAAACACUGGGUGGUAGUUAUAAAAAUAAUAAGAAAGAAAAGGGAUGCAAUAUGGACAAGAUGACGUUAUCCACGUCGAUGUCAGGAAUGUCAACGCCCGAUAGAUUGUCCAUAUCAGAGGGUACAGAGUUGGAGUCAGAUCCUGUGUGCUUUGGUGAUUCAAAUGUGGCAAUUACAGUGUUGGAAUCGAACCGUCAUUCGCAAAUGUACAAUAAACGACUCAGCAAUUUUAAGAAACCUACAAGUCAAAUUACCGGAGGAUACAUUUGCUGCGAUGGCAAAGGCACCGAGUUAAGGUUUUUGAUUUGGCCAGCCAAGCCCAAGAUUGAACAAAUUUCCAUGCUCAAUAAACUUAUCACGCCGUACAAUUAUGGACAAAAGAUUGCAUUGCCGCUAGGACUGCUGGAAAGUGCGGCAAAGAAGACGACGAAGUCUUCAAACGCGAGUGCAAUGAAGGCAAGCGGCAUUGAGCAGGCAAAGAUCUUUUUUAAGCUGUCUAAUGGAGCAGAAGCUGUACUACCGGGGACAUUGCUACAGAAAAAGUUGCUGGCACAUGCCCUACCUCCUGAACAUAACGGAGAAGAACCUGAGUCGGUGUUUGAUCUUCCUUUGCAAAAUGGACCAGGUCUUUUGGUAAUGCGAUUAACCGGUUAUGUGCCUCGAAAAUUAGUUGGAAAGCUGACCGCACCAAACGAAAAGCAGCGAUCAGGAUUGAAAGUCAAUCGUGGUAGGGUAAUUUUCUACCGUGUGUCGGAUUUACUUCGACAUGUGCCUGUGCCAAUUUUUGCACUUCUUUAUGCAGUGAUCACACACUACCUCUGGGACGCUCUUAAUACGAUGGAGGAUGGUCUGCGUCGUGAACUCGUUGUGUUGGCUUUAGUGUUGCUUCCAGCUUAUUACGUGGCGGUAAAGGCGGAUCACCCGUUCUCAUUGCUAUUCCAUCCUCCAGCUAUUGAACAAGAGGUUGACAACAUAGACUAUGAAAGUCCUGCGGCAAGCGGCAUGUUAAAGCUCAUUGUGACUGAGUACCGCUUUGUCUCGGGAGCAGCCAGCGCCAACGGAAGCGAAACGGAAGAGUCAGACGAAGUGAAGUCAGCAGCGAUUGAGUCAACGUAUGAGCACUCCGCUACUGCAUUAGAGACGACGAGAUCAGUCCCAAUGCGCUUUGUUCUUGCUGAAAAGGGCGAUGAGGACAAAGCGCUGGAGCGAUAUAAUGAGACAACUAAAUGGCGGCGCGACGAAGGUGUAGAUCGCCUUCUCCAGGAACCUAGUCCACAUUUUAAGAUCAUUAAGGAUAACUAUCCACAUUACUACCACAAACGUGGCAAGAACGGUGAGCCUGUGUACUACGAGAAACCAGGCAAGAUUAAUUUGAAGGCUCUCAAGAACGCGGGCCUCACGCUGGAUGAUCUGAUGCAUCAUUACCUCAUGAUCACGGAAUUUCUGUGGCAAGUGAUUGAGCAGGAUGACAAUUGCAAGGGUAUCUCCGUGUUGGACGUGGACGGAAUCGGUAUUUCGGACUUUGCUGGUGAGGCUGUCGAGUACGUUCGCAAAGCAGCUUCAAUUUCCGGCAAGCAUUACCCGGAGCGCUGCGCAUACAUUUUCGUAAUCAACGUACCGUCCUGGUUCAACAUGAUUUGGAACACCGUGAAGGGAGUGGUGGACGACGUGACUCGUGAAAAGGUUAUCAUCGUGCGCGGAAAGAAAAAGAUAUUUGAGGCGCUGUCGGAGCGUAUUCCUGUCGAAAACAUUCCGGUAGAAUACGGUGGAAAGAGCGACGGAAAGUCUGAGGAGGAAGAUUUGCUGUUCAGUUUGAUGGACUACGUCAAUAACGAUGUGGGCGCGCCAGCAACCAACCCAGUCGAAGAGAUUUUGAAAAAGAAGCUUAUCAAGCAUUAG